AUGUCACCGAUCUUGAUCAUCGGCGCCACACGCGGGCUCGGCGCCGCCCUGAUCAAACGCUACGCUGAGCAGCCGGGCUACACCGUCUACGGCACGACACGUUCAUCCCAGGCGCCAGCCGAUUUUCCUCCGCAGAUCAAGUGGCUGCCGGACAUUGAUUUGACGGAACAGUCAGUCGGCUCGAAACUUGUAAGCCUCCUUGGCGGCGCACAGCCGCUAUCGGCCGUCUUUGUGACUGCGGGCUACUUCACGACGGAGGACCUCAGCGCCGAUAAGGGACCCAACUGGGCCGAAGAGCAGCGCAUGUACACGACAAGCGCCAUUGCACCCGUCUUUCUUGUGCAUGCGUUGACGCACGCGGGGCUACUGCGCAGUGGGGCCAAGCUUGUGCUUGUGUCUUCUGAGAGCGGAUCCAUUGGACUGAGGCAUGAGGUCGAAGGUGGCGGCAACUACGCCCAUCACGCAAGCAAGGCGGCGCUGAAUAUGGUUGGCAAAUUGCUGAGCCUUGACCUCCGGGAGAGGGGCGUCAUCGUCAGCAUUGUGCACCCGGGCUUCAUGCGCACCGAGAUGACGGCCGGUGUGGGGUUCGACAAGUACUGGGACGAAGGCGGCGCCGUCACACCCGAGGAGGCGGCGGCGAGCCUUGCUCAGUGGACCGACGGCUUAGAUAUCAGUAAGACGGGAGAGUACUGGGCGCCCAGAGGACCACGCGACAUUGGUACGGCCGAGGCGGCGCUUGGCAAGGGCUUGCCCACGCCGUUGCAGUUGCCGUGGUAA